AUGGUAGCGCCCAACGAUCUGCUCGGGCACUGGCUCGCGCACUACGCGGCGCUGGGCAUCGACUUUCGGCAGCGGUCGCGCGUGAUCCUGCACACGGGCGGAGUGGGCGCCGAGCAGGCCCGAGCCGCGAGGCAGCUCCUCAGUGAGUACGGCGUGCCGGCAGACCUCGCCGUGAACUGGUCGUCUGCGCUGAAGAUGCGGGCGGCCGAGGCGUAUCUGCGCUCGCUCCCUCCGUCCGGCUACCUGGUGUGGGCCGACUCGGACGAGUUCAUGCGCUACCCGUGCGCUCUCGCCGAGGCCAGCCGCAGCGACAAGGUCGCGGUGUUAAGCUCGAUGGUCGAGCGCGUCUCGCUGCCGUGGCGGCUGCGCCCGCCCACGCCCGGACAGCGGCUGAAUGCGAGCUACCCGCGGCGCUGCCUCGUAACCGCGUGCCUCAUCUCGGAGGCGGGCGUGGGCGUUGCGACCAAGAAGCCCGCGCUGAUACCGGCCACGAGCCAGACGCGACUGGCGAGAGCGCCUUCCCCUCACUCUGUGACGGACCGGCUGGGAAGGCGGAUGCGCCCCACAAGCUCACACCACCUCGCGUGCGUCGACGACGCGACGGGAGAGCUGAAGCACUGCAAGAUGGACCUAAAGCUGAAGGCGGUCUUUGACCACUUCCGCUUCACCGGCAGCACGAUGCGGCUCCUCUCGGAGAAGACGCGCCAAAAGUUCCACGCCGUUCGCAAGUACGAGGCCGAGGCCCUGAUGUUUGCUCGCGACCGCUCCGGCGGGUGGUCGUUCUCCAACGAGAGCAUUCGCGCUCUGAGCAGGGUCUGCUGGACGUAA